UUGACCCUUACACAGUGAACCAAACAUUUCUCUUCUCUUCUCUGCAAAGUUGAUAGAAACAGCUAAACGAAAUGCUCGUCAGAUUCAGAGGCAAAUCUGAAGCUCUAUCAAGAUUUCACUGUUUCAGUUCUCAGUAUCUCUACUCAACCUCAGCCCGGACCAAUUUUUUCGUGAAAUACCUGAUUAAUUCACUCGGAUUCUCCAAAGAAGAAGCAUCAUUAGCAUCUACCAAGGUAAAUUCAUGGAAAUCUUUAAAGAAAAAUCCAGAUUUAGUACUCAAUUUCUUGAAACAAACUGGUUUCGACAAGAUCCAGAUGAAAAAACUGGUUUCAACAUCACCCAAGUUUCUAUUUUACGAUGUUUCCAAAACCCUAAAACCCAAAUUUCAAUGCUUGAUGGAUAUCGGGUUGUCGGGUUCGGAUCUUGUGAAUGUGAUUGCUAAAGAUUCAACGAUUGUUGAAAGGGGUUUAGUUACUCAUUUGAAACCUAAAAUUAAUUGUCUAAGGAGAACAUUGGGUAGUGAUGAAAAUGUUGUUAAAGCUAUAAAAAGAACAUCUUGGUUGCUUUCAUUUGGUGGUCGUAAUGUAAUGGAAAAUAAUUUGUUAUUGUUGAAAAAUUAUGGUGUUUCUGAUGAUUCAAUACAAAAACUUGUGCUUAGAAAUCCGAGGUAUAUUACACAGAAGCCUGAGUGGGUUAAGGAUUUGUUGCAUAGGGUAGAGAAGGAUUUUCGACUUUCGCCUGAUUCGUCUAUGUUUCCUUAUGGAUUUCAUACAUUAGCCUCGCAAAAGAAGGCGAGGUGUGAAAAAAAGCUUGAGAUUUUUAAGAGUUUUGGAUGGUCGGAUGAUGAUAUACUUACGAUGUUUAGGAAGUUACCUUAUUGUAUUGCUCUGUCAGAGGUUAAAAUUCAGAAAGGAUUGAGUCUUUUUAUGAAGGAGCUUGGUUUUGAAUCUGCUUACUUAGCUUCUCAUCCUUCAAUUUUGAUAUAUAGUAUGGAAAAAAGGGUCGUACCUCGGAUGCAAGUCUUGAAAAUUUUGGACGAAAAGAAGCUUGAGAGGAGAAAGGUGGCUCUUUAUACUGUUGUGAGCUUAAAAGAGAAAAAGUUCAUAGAAACUUUCGUGCUGCCGUACAAGGAUCAGGAUUUGAUGAAUUGCUCGUCGUGCUUUUAAGGCGAAGUUUAAAUGGGGAUUCUUGUGAGGGAAAUUUAUGCUUGUGUUUGGAGAGCAUAUUGGGAUUGCUUAUUAGAGGAAGAACCAUUGGUUUUGACUAAAGCUUUAUACGUGUUUCUUCAUUUAUUAGCUGAUCAUUAUAGAGUACCAAGUAAUCCUAUGAUAUAUGCAUUGAAAAGAAUGGAUGUUGAAUUUCGAGGGAGUGAUUCUCGUUGUGUUUGAAGAUAGGGAGCAACUUAAUCAGGCUUUUGCAAGAUUUGGUUCAUGUGUACCUGAGUUUAAAGCAAUCUGGAGAGACUUCUUAUUGAAUCCCAAACAGUUUAGGGUGGAUGGAUUUGAAGAUAUUUUGCAAAGUUUAUGAAACCUCUGUAUAGCUACUGAAAUGGAAACCCAAUUGAGGUUUUUGCUUACACGUGUGAAGUUCGGUAGCCAAAUGAGGUACCAAGAUUGGUUCGCGAAGAAGUUUCUUAGAGUACCUGAAAGAGAAACAGUUUUGACUCUGUUACCUUUGUCAAAAAAAGAAACAGUUUUGACUGACAUUGUUAGGUUUAUAUGUUGUUCUGUUCGUCCAUCUGGUGAAAUCAGAUAUCUUAUCAAGAUGAGUUGUGACUGGUUGGCUAUUAACGUCCUGCAAGAAGAGUUAUAUCGAAGCAAAUUUAAAGCUUGCGUUGUUUUAGGAUUGGCUUUUCUUUGAUGGUGAAUUCUAUAACAUCUGUGUUCAACCACUUGAGCUUCAAUAUGCAGUAUAACUUCUCUUUCUAUGGGUUCUGGAUUCACCGCGAUUAUGCAAGAUUAGUAAGUAGAAGUAAGUGCUUCAACAAAGAUUUGAACUUUAUUCCUAUGCAACCUUAUUAGGUUUAGAUAGUGCCAUAGUUCCUGUACUCUUGAAUUUAGGGACAUGAUUGAAAAUAGAAACUCUUAAAUAGUGAAGUACAAUAAAGUAACGAUACAAUCAAAUUUAAGUAA